AUGCUAAAACGCAUUCAGAAAAGGAUACAGAAAAAAGAGAAAGAAGCCGAGCUCGGACUCGACGAUGACACAAAAGAAAUUCUUGGAUUUAACGAUACCGAUUCGGACGAAUCGGACAGUUCUGGCGUCGACUCGGAGGAUGAGGAUUCAGACGACGAAGAACUUUCAAAAUUGUUGGAAGAGCCCGUUGUUGGCGACAGGGAUGAGGGACCCAUCGAAGCGGAUGAAGAGAGCGAAGCCGACUGGGACGCGGGUGCAGAGUCUGAUACCGACGAGAUAUCGAAAGUGACCGUUCAGGAGGCUCUGAAUGAUCCGAUAUACGUCUCCUCUCUGGAUGCUGGUGCCGGUGAAUGGCAGUGCGUCGUCUGCCCGGGGAAGAUAUUCAAGGGGUCGAAAAUGAUUGAUGCUCACCGAGAAUCCAAGGCCCACAAACGACGCUUCACGAACUUCUCUAAACUCGCAAAAUCUUUUGAGCCCACGGGUAAAGCGUCUGAAGUCCUCGGUGGGCUGCCAAAAGGCCCCAACCACCCGCGACAGGCCGAAGAUGGUAUCACUAUAACAUCGAAAUCAAAUCGCGCGUCUAAACGGGCGAGUGAUUAUUAUUGUCGAAUGGCUAUCUACCAUCUCACUCAUGCGCCCUCCACAGCAAAAAUCUACACAGCGAAUGAAGCUACCAUAGGAAACCUGCAGCCAGAGUGCGCGUCACCGUCACCGCAGCGUAAACGAAAACGGGUUGUGGUAGAACCAGCGAAAGACCGUGACGAUGGCACCAGUCCACCACGAAAAGUGACGGCUACAGGUAUAAGACCGAAACGAAUGAAGGCCGAUAAACUUAAGAAGUCGCCCAAGCCUCCCAAGCCUUCGUAG